AUAUAGGAGGCGGGUGAGAGCGGAGACGCAGUAACAACGAGAUCCCCGCUGGUGUAUCAGAGCAGCAGCCUCCGCAGCCAAGGCCCACCGACAUGAAGUCCCUGCUGUCGUUCCUCAUCCUAAGCCUGGCAAUUGCCGGAACACUGGCUGGAUACGGCUACGGAAUCGGAUAUGGUCUUGGUUACGGCCUCGGCUACGGUGGAUACGGCCUCGGCUAUGGUGGCUAUGGUGGCUACGGCUUCGGAGGCUACGGACUUGGAUAUGGUGGAUACGGUGGAUACGGCGGAAUCGGCGGAUACGGCAUAGGUGGAUACGGCCUUGGCUACGGAGGAUACGGUGGAUUUUACGGCUAAUUGUCGGGCCCCUCACCACGAGAAGUUCGGCAAAAUAAACCAUUUUAAGCAUGGUG